AUGGCUGAUACCGAAUAUGUGAGUUCUCCUUCCCCACGAACCGGUGGAAUUAUGGAUAGCUAAGAGAAAGUUCAGGACGCCGUUGAGGCCGCUGGUACGGAUUCACCGGGAGGGAUGGGAUUGAUGAAGAUACACGGAGACUGAUAUGGAUGGGUAUAUAGAGAAGAAGAAGGCGAGAACCUUCCGCAAGUUUUCCUACCGUGGAGUCGACCUCGACCAGUUCAGUUGCCCGAGUCUUCAAACAACAUUCAGCAUCGACUAACGAGACUAUUUAUAGACUCCUCGACCUUUCCUCCGAACAGCUCCGUGACCUCGUCCACGCCCGUGCUCGUAGAAGGUUCAACCGUGGCCUUAAACGCAAGCCUAUGGGCUUGAUCAAGAAGCUCCGCAAGGCCAAGAAGGAGGCCAAGCCGAACGAGAAGCCCGACCUUGUCAAGACUCAUCUUCGCGACAUGAUCAUUGUCCCUGAGAUGAUCGGAUCGGUCAUUGGUAUCUACUCUGGAAAGGAUUUUAACCAGGUCGAAAUUAAGCCGGAAAUGGUUGGACACUACUUGGGAGAAUUCUCUAUCACCUAGUACGUUUACCUGCGCACAUUACGACCUUUUGUAUCAGAUCAUGAGACUCCACUGGCUCUGCUACCGUUAUAGUGCUCAUGGCUGAGGUUUAUUUAAUGCUAAUUUUCGUAUAGCAAACCUGUCAAACACGGUCGCCCGGGUAUCGGUGCUACCCACUCCUCAAGGUUUAUCCCGCUUAAAUAA